AUGACUGGCACAUACCAAGAAAUCAAGCAGUUCAGGAACGGGUGGUGCUGGAACUCCCAAGGUACGGCGAUGAUGUAUGGCGGAUACAAUACAAUACAGAGAUGGGAGCAGGAUGAUAAGCAGCAGAUGAACAACGUUGGGGGGAAUUCACUGCAUGACCUCAAUCAGGGAUUCACAUGUACCGGUACCUGGUUAACUCAUAAUCCUCACCUCAGACCGAAGUACAUGGGGAACCACCAGCCCGCUGCCGCCUCUGAUUGGGGAAGUCGGAAGAACAAGAUGUCAACGGGCGGGAGAGCAUUCCCCGGCCAAGCUGCGAGCCGGAUCGCUGUGUUGCUCCUGGCAGAAGAGCAACAGCCGCCUGGGCAGGUUAAGCCCCAAGGCAGCGAGCAGAGGGCGAGAGGUACCGGUACAUUCGUCAGUGCAUGGGCCCAGGCCGCUUCGGGUUUAGUGGCUGCCGAAACCGCUGGGGGACUGGGCCACGGUGGCUUGGCACGCUAG